AUGAUUGUCAGAAGUUGGUUUCUAGGACGAGUUGGCUACAAUAGGGCUCUGCGUUUACAAAAGGAGCUCAUCAACCUUAAUACCCGAGACAAUAAUAGAUGCCCAGCGUAUACCAUAUUAAUGUUAGAACACAGUCCCGUUUACACAAUAGGCAUUCGUUCUGAAGAGUACUCAGAAAAACAACAGGAAAAAUUGCGAGAUCACGGAGCACAAGUCAUCAAGACUUCUCGUGGCGGCUUAAUCACAUAUCACGGACCCGGCCAAUUAAUAGCUUAUCCCAUUAUCAAUUUACGAGGAUCCGAAUUAGUUAAUAAGGGAAUAAGAUGGUACGUUGAAGCUCUCGAGCAAGCAGGAUUCGAGACCUGUGAAGCCUUUAAACCAAAUGCAUUUCAAAAGGGCAGCGAAUUGUUCCCAGAUAAAACGGCUGCAACUGGAGUCUGGCUAAAUAGGAACAAUAAGAUCAUGUCUAUUGGUAGACUGAACUUUGGCUCUUAUAUACUAUUUCCUCUAGGUGUACACGUUACCCGAAGCGUGGCGCAUCACGGAGUUAGUCUCAAUUGUACAAGCGAGCCUUUAAAAUGGUUCGAUAAUAUAGUCCCCUGUGGUCUUACAAACUGUAAAAUGGCAGCAUUAGAAACUGUUACGGGAACGCAGUUGACCCCUGAUGAUAUUGCACCAGUCCUCUCCGAACGUCUUUUCACCAACCUCUUCAAACAUGGGGAUGACCUUGAAUGUACCUAUGCGGACUUCCUUGCCGAUGAUGAAUCCCUGACUUGGGAAAAGGUUUCCCAAUUUAUCCUCGAAGAUGCCGACUUUCGAACAAAGAAAUUGCCCAAACAGGAGGCACCACUGCAACCUUAA